AUGGCGCCUGGAGAUGGAAGGCAGCAGUGCGUUCGCGACAGACAGCAUGUUGGCCAAGACGCAGUACAGGGUGUCCUGGACUGUGGGGCCACUCGGAGGAGCUCGGUCAGGAGGAGGUCUCGGAUAGCAGCUGGUAGUAACUGGUGCUCUGACACCCUGUGUCACACUCUCCUCUCCCUCCCCCUCCCCCCGCCCUGCAGCGUGAGCCGGCGCUCCUGCGAGGACGCCCCGGCCCCGGAGGAGCAGGAGACCGAGGGCCAGCGCCAGCUCCGCGGCCUCCUGCUGCAGCAGCUGGACACCGCGGUGGACCUGGACAGGUGCGUGGCAAAGAGGAAGUGUUUUGCUCCGGCGGCCCUGUACAAGCCCUUUGGGGAGCAGGCAGCCGGAGUGAGAAGCCUGUCCGAGUUUCAGGCUUUGCAGGACGGGGAGCAGGAGCUGGCGAGCCUGAGGGAGCUAGGCCUCACCGAUGCCGAGAUCGAGCUGUGGCUGAGCAGGGAUGCACUGAGAAACGCAGAGAAGGUAGAGAUCUGGGUUAAUAUCUCAUUACCUGUUUUGUUUAAGGUAGAACUUUUAAGCCUGUUCUCACCUCUCUCUCAUUUCCGGACAAAUCUCUGUUUAAUAAUUCCUUACACUUCUAAAGUGCUUUUCUGGACACUCUCAAAGCGCUUCACAGGUAAUGGGGAUCCCGGGGAUAUCCACAGCUCUGACCAAUCACAGAGCGGCAGCGCAGGCUCUGGCCAAUCCCAGAGGGAGAACACCACCUCUGACCAGUCAGGACCCCAGGGCAGCAGGGGGUUGCCUGUGUCAAGGAGUCUGAGUGUGAGCCAGCCAAUCGGCAAGUUGUGUGGUGUGGGCGGGGGCCCCCCAGUGACCGUGACCGGACCAGUGCAGCCCAUUUUGGAGGAGGAGAUCCGUGCCAACCGGGCCACUGUGCAGGAGAUCCAGCAGAUUCCACGUUUUCGCAACUACCAACAGGGGGAGCCCUCCAAGGUGCUGUUUGUGAGGAACCUCAGUCCCCGAGCUUCACUGGCCCAGCUGGUCUCGGUGUUCUCCCGGUUCCAGCCCCCCCGCGCCCCGGUUCUCCGGUACCGCCUGCUGACUGGCCGACUCAAGGGCCAGGCCUUCAUCACGUUCCCUGACGCGGCGACGGCCCGGGAGGCGCUGGAGCUGGCGAACGGAUUCCGGCUGCUGGACAGGCCCCUGGUGAUCGAGUUCGGGAGGGAGCGAGAGGAAGAGAGGGGAGCCGGGGCCCCAGCAGAGCUCGGUGCUGGGAGCGGCUGAGAGGGGGCGGAGGAAGAGGAGGAGCAGCCUUGCCUUCGUGUCCUCCCCUGACCUCCGGGUUCGGAAGAGAGAGAGAGAGCAGGGAAGAGCCGGCGGCGCGGAAUACCGGCUUGAUCCCUGCCCUGGGAGGCUCCUGGGAAGCUGUAAGGGCCUUGCUCAUGUCCGUCACGUGCCGAGAAAGAGCUGGCCUGAGCCGAGAGACUGGUUCUGCCAUCGUCAGUCCUGGGACGGCGAGAGGGAUGCCCUGACGCGCAUUCCCACGGGAGAAGAAAGCUCCUGUCUGUCGGCGAGAGCUGGACCUGAACCGUUUGUGAUGCCAGGAGACUUGGCGAAUGUUCUGUACAAGUGCACAGAAUUUUCUUUGGAGUUUCCUUGGAGUUGUAAAUGACUAAUAUAGUGAUGACCGAAAUGUGUUGUACGUAUGUUUUUUUUUUGUUUUAAAAUUACUGUCAUUUUUAAUUAAAAAAAAAUGGAAAGGGA